CUUGUCGAAGUGACAGCUCGCCCAGGGCCUCGGUUUGCAUCUCUCAGUGCAGAUUUCCUAGGAGGAGUCAGGGCGUGACGCCUGGCCUGGCGGGUGGGAGAGACUUUGGGGUUCGUGGGGCUGAGGGUCGCGGGCGCUUGGUGCCUGCUGUUCCCCAGACGUGACGGGCUGCAGCCCUGCGGGUCGUGUCUGCCUUCGUACCCCAAAGCGCAGACUGUAACGCUGGCCCUCACCCCUGCCCGGGGACCGAGCUGCCGCUUCGGGAGUGUUCCAGGUCGGGGAGCAACUUUUCUCAAAAGGGGCAUGCAUUGGAAAUGCAGUAUAUUCAAAGAACACUUUAAGAAGAACACAUCCUAUGAAAGAAAAAGCUGGUCAGAAGCACAAGCCUGCUGAUGUGUUUGAGUUUCCUGAUAAUUCCGAAAUCUCAAGCAAUGGCAGUGAAAGUAAGAAAGACGAUGAGCCUUAUGAGACUUUUGAUCCUCCCCUACACAGCACUGCUAUAUAUGCUGAUGAAGAAGAACUCUCCCAACACUGUGGGUCAUCUGUCCCUUCAACUCCUCCAGGAAAAGCAACGAAAGAAAGCUUGAGCACUUCUGCAAGUGAAGCAAGUGAAAGCGCGUCUGUAAAACUGAGAGCCACAAAGCCAGGAAGAAGAUGUAAGCCCCUUAGCGAUGGCUCUGACAGCUCGGGAGAAAGUGAGAUACGAAGAAAAGUUCAGUCACCAGGAGAAUCGGUGCGCGACGGUGUGACGCUGUUCCGGCCGGGGCGCCGUCGGGGCUUCCCGAGAGACGGCCGCGGUCAGAGAGGCCCGAGGCGGGAGGCGGCCGUGGCAGCGGUGCACCUGCGGACGGAGGGACCCCGGCCAUGGAAACUCAGAAAAAGGAGACUAUGUCUCGUGGCAAAAGGAAAAAAACAAGCAAUGAAGCUGGAGGUUCAGGUCUCCCACGUGUGUGCCAGGGACCCAGCUAGCGGAGCCAUGACCUGCUGCCUCCCAGGGUGCACGUCAGUGGGAAGGCGGAACUGCGACUUGGGACUGGAACGCAGGCCCUUGAGUAUGGGGUGUGGGUCUCUCAGCAAAUAAACCAACUGCCAAAUGUCUGCCCCAGAAUAUGCAUGAUACUUUGUCACUUAGUCAAAGAUGUAAUGGAAAAAAGUGCUGAUUGGUUAAAACAGUAAAUUGUUACUGCUACUUUGAAAAAUGAGGCAUGUGUGACUUUGGGGUAACUAUUUUUAAUGUUUUGUCGUGAAAAUUUUCAACAUACAACAAACUGAAUUUUACAGUGUAUAUUCACCUACUAUCUGGAUCUCAGUUAACACUUGAGUUGUUACUUUGUCCAUUAAUCCAUUUAAU